UAAGUAAUAGCUAAAGCAUUUUCUUCUUCUCUCAAAUACUAUUUUUCUUGAAAAAACUUUGUGAUGGAAAUUCAAUUUCAGCAACCAAACAUGCAGAAUCAAAAAGCAGGAAUUUCUGUAACAAACAAAGGAGGAAAGUUCAAAGGAAGAAACAGAAACAGCAAUAACACAAACAAAUUUGUUGGUGUUAGACAAAGGCCAUCAGGUAGAUGGGUUGCUGAGAUCAAAGACACAACUCAGAAGAUAAGAAUGUGGCUUGGAACAUUUGAGACAGCUGAGGAAGCAGCUAGAGCUUACGAUGAAGCCGCGUGUCUACUUCGAGGUUCGAACACUCGAACCAACUUCAUCACUCAUGUUUCAUUGGAUUCUCCUCUUGCUUCUAGGAUAAGAAAUCUUCUUAACAACAGAAAAGGCGACAAAAAACAGGAAAAUGAUGUUGCUUCUUCAGCAAGUAACAGCAAUACUAGUAAUGCUAGCACCGUUAGUAAUACUAAUACAAUUACAAGCAAUGAUGAUAACAAGGAGAGUGCUGUUUCAAGUGAAGCUACUCAAAAAACAGAACUUUUUGAGGAUGUUUAUAAACCUGAUUUGAGCAAUUUCAAGGAAGAUUUUGAGUCAGGUUCGAAAUCCAACAUUUCGUGGGGUUUCGGACCUGUCUUUGAUCAUUUUCCUUUUGCUCAAUUAUUGGAUAUAUCUAAGACUAAUGGCAUGAAUGAUGCAUCUAACUUGGAACUUUCAGAAUUUGAAAGAAUGAAAGUUGAAAGACAGAUAUCAGCUUCACUUUAUGCUAUUAAUGGAGUCCAUGAGUACAUGGAAACUGUUCAUGAAUCCAAUGAAGCUUUAUGGGAUCUUCCACCUUUGUGCUCAUUGUUCUGUUAAACUUAUGAAGUCUAAUUAAUGAUUCUAAAUAUUAUUGCAGCCUUUUUUUUCUUUUCUUCUUACUAUUAUUGAAAACUUGAGACGAAGUGUGUUGAAUGUAAGACUGAUUGAACCAUUACAAUAACAUAGAGAUAUAAUUA